AUGGAAUCUUCUAAUCCCGCUCAGCAUGAAGCUCGGACGACUGCUGCUGCUCUUGCGUGUGAAGAAGAGACAAACUCAGAGAAAGAGAGAGCGAGGGAAGAAGAGCAAAUCUGCUUUGGUGGUGGCGGAGCUGGGUCGAGCGGCAGCGUGGGUGGUGGUGGAAGGAGCGCUGAUGCUACAAGUGGCUGCUUCGACCAAACACGCUCGUCGGGAUUCAGGAAAACAAGCAUACAAAAAAACACAACCCCCACUUCUGCCAUCACUUUCUCUCUCUCUCUCUCUCUUCUGCUCUCAUUCUCUGAUUUUCUUUCUUCCGCUUGCUUUUUUGUUUUCUCAAAUUUUUUUAUUUUGUUGGUCUUCGAUGAUCUCUCGAUUGUCUUCGUCGAAGAUUAUGAUGACGAUGAUGGCCGUGAUCUUGAGGGUGUCGAUGGGAAUGGUGGCCGGUCCAGGCCGAUUAAUCGCCGAGUAGGAUCGGCGGAUCAAAUUCCCAGUAGGAUCGUGGUUCUCGGGAAGCAAGGGGAUCGGGGUGGAAGGAAUGCAGCAGGGGGAGAGGGAAGGGGAGCAGGGGGUGGUGGUGGUGAUGGUGGAGUGGCGGGACCGUGGUCGAGCGGCGGCACAGCUGCGUCAUCGACGGUGCAGCAGAGCAGCAGCGGCUGCUGCUGGGAGGAGGGCAGCGAGGAGGAGCUGUCCGUGCUGCCGAGGCACACCAAGGUGGUGGUCACCGGCAACAAUCGCACCAAGUCGGUGCUCGUCGGCCUCCAGGGCGUCGUCAAGAAGGCCGUCGGCCUCGGUGGCUGGCAUUGGCUCGUUCUCACUAAUGGUAUAGAGGUGAAGCUGCAGAGAAAUGCUCUUAGCGUGAUUGAAGCCCCUACUGGUCAUGAAGAGGAUGAUGAUGGUGAAUAUGACAAUGCACAGUGGCAGUGCUCUGACCUUGCAUCUGAUGACACUCAAAGGUACCAGAGGCCAAAACAGAGGCAGCACAAGUCUUCAGGAUCUGCACACAAAGCAGUGAGCAAAUCUAGUUCGUUAGAUUCACAUUCUAUGGGUUCUUUGUCACCACCUCGUGGACCAACGAAUGUUGACCUAAGCAAACUAGAAACGACUGCCUUGUGGAGAUAUUGGAGGCAUUUCAAUCUUGUGGAUUCAAUACCUAAUCCAUCAAAGGAACAGCUGAUUGAUGUUGUUCAGAGGCAUUUCAUGUCUCAGCAAUUGGAUGAGAUGCAGGUCAUUGUUGGAUUUGUUCAUGCUGCGAAGAGGUUGAAGACAGUCUGCAAUUAAUCAUUUGUUUCCUAGAGCUGAUCAGGCUUACACCAACUAACUAAGAUUGGUAUUCAGUGUUCUGCGAUUCCACUCUCUGUAGUUAUCUAUGUAUGAUAAUUGUAUGUUUUCCUUUCUCGGGAACUCCUUUUGGCAACAGAACUGCAAAAUGUACUGUCUAGAGUUUGUAAUAUAUCGUAUACAUAAGAUAUAUGUUCCCAUAGAUUCUGGCACUUGAAUGUUUAAAGGCACCAGGUUGAUGAAUCUUAA